AUGAACUCACUGGCCCUCUUAUUCGCCGUCGCGGCCUUCCUCUUGCAUACGACUCUUGCACUCGCGUCAGAAAGGCAUGAAGCUCAGCUCGACACGCGUGCCGAUGCAAGCAGUCUAGCACCCACGACUGUGGGAAUCUACCUGUGUCUCAAUUCUGGAUGGGUUCCUCCAUGCAUACACCUGGAGAACGGGCCCGGUCUUUGCAGUCAGUCCAUCUACCAUCUCCUCCUCGCGACUUUUCGCUGACAGACUCAAAGUCAACCUCGACUCGACAUACGCAGGCCAAGUCAGCUCUGUGGGCCCAGAUGAGGAAGCAUCUGGGUGUACGAUGUUCGAGUAAGUCAACACCAACCAAUAUUUUUGCCAGAUCAAAAUUAACAACUGACGCGUUCUUCCUGCAGGAAACCAAACUGCCAAGGCAAUUCACUCCAGAACAUCGUUUACCCGGGCGAUCCCAACCUGGCUACGAAUCCCCAGGGAAGCGAGUAUAACGAUGUCUUCAGCAGUUACAUUUGCUACUGA